UUAUUUACACUGGAUAGCUUUAUUAGGUCUUAACUGUUCAUUUAAGAGGUGCAGUAAAGACCAUUUAGUAUUCAUUCAGUGUUGGUUUCCUCCACUUAGAUCUUUCCUUCUUUUUCGCAGUGAAAAAACGGUUCAACUCUGCGUUAGUAACAAAGAAUGUUGAUUACAUAAAGUACCGCACCUUCCGCUUAUUAUUGCGGGCUCGAUUUAAAAAAACAACAACAAAUAAUACUGUAAAAAAUGUAAAUACAGCACUUUUUUCAAAGUUUUUUGUUCAAAAAUUAAAAUUUUAGCCUGUUUUGAACACGAAAGGCCAUGAAAAGUGCGUAGUAAUAUGAAGACUGCUGAAUAUUAGACUUGUAAGUUAGCUUACUUCAAAAUGAAAGACUGAAAGAUAUAAAGCCGUUGUUUAAUACAGCAACUUUUUUUCAUGGAACGAUGCUAUCAAUGGUGUUUUAUCACGUUACAUAAAGACCUUCAACCUACACCGUAAUACUGUGAGAAAAUGGGCGACAGUUUAAAGGAACGGCAAGAGAAUGAGGUCGAAGUACUCAGAGCCAUUUUUAUGGAUGAUUUCCGUGAUCUUAAUGAAGGAAAUAAGGAUAUUUCUCCACACAUUUCAUUGAGAUUGCAGCCAUGUGAAAGUAUGGGAGAGAACAAAUCUUAUGUCUCGUUAGAUUUAGAUGUUAAGUACCGUGAAGAAUAUCCCAACAGGUGUCCUGUGUUAAAACUUGAAAAUGCAAAAGGCCUUUCUAAUGACAAAGUACUUGAGUUGGAAAAAGAAAUUCAGUGUAUGGCAGCCAGCCUUGUUGGAGAGGUGAUGAUUUUAGAACUCGCACAACAUGUUCAAAGUUUUCUUCACAAAAACAAUGUUCCUCCGCCAUUGUCCUUCUACGAGGAAAUGAUGGCGAAGAAGAAACGAGACAAUGAGGAACAGAAAGCCUCUGAGAUGGAAAAGAAAGAGAAGGAAAGACAAGCAAAAGUUAUUCAAGUUGAAGAAGAGGAGCAACAAAUCAGAGAGGAAAUGAUGAGAAGGGACGAGGCUUUAAAGAAUCUGAAAAGACAAAGUCUUAAGGAUAAAGAAAAUCUCAGGGUGGAAUUGCUCUCUCAAACUGUUUCUGAAUCAGUUUUGGAGAAAUCAGAAGAUAAACCAGCGCGGGAACGUAUCAAGAGAAAGAGCAGCUCCGAAGAUGUCGUGCCUUACGACGGUUUACGGGUUGUCACGUUUGAGAACAAGAAACAGCAUAUUGUUCAUUGUGGCAAGUGUUUAGGGUCUGGUCAAUAUGGUUCUACAGUUUUCUGUGGUCUGGAUAUCGUUACUGGCGGUAUGGUGGCGAUGUCUGAAUGGAGCUUCAAGAGUCAGACUGUACAAAAACGGCCAAGCUAUGACAGGGCGAAAAUUGAGGAUGAAAAACUAUUGAAACAGGUUGCCAGUAUAGAACAGGAAAUAAACUCGUUGAUUACUAGAGUCAGUCAUCAUAAUCUCGUCCAUUAUCUUGGAACAACGCAAGUGCGCAAAGAAAACACGCUAACAUUGCAAAUUUUGACAGAAUUUGUGGCUGGGGCUUCUCUGAUGAAAGAACUUCUUUCCGGCGGUCUUGGAGUUGAAAUCGUACGAGAUUAUGCACAGCAGUUACUGGAGGUUUUGGCAUACCUUCAUGGAAAAUCUAUUGUACAUAAAGACAUCAGGUUAUCCAGCGUGUUCCUGGAUCAAAAUAAAACAAUAAGACUUGCAGACUACAGUGUUGGCAGAAGAUUACGCGACCUUUAUCAAGUUUACGGUGAAAAAAAGUUAUCGAAAAAAGUGAAUGCGAAUGAAGCAAAGAGUUCCCAAAGGUCUACUAAGCGAAGAGACAUCGUGAAUUUGGGUCUUCUGAUGUUGUCAUUACUAGAAGGUGAUGUUGUCAAUUCCGCUCCUCCCUCAAUCCCUCAAUCAUUUCCAUGUGAACUUCAGGAUUUCUUCGCCAGAUGUCUAUACCCCGACAGUGGCGAGCAAUUGUCAGCAGCCCAGCUCCUCAACCAUUCCUUUAUUGCUCCCUCCACAUUUGUGAGCAGCUUGGCAAAUAAUGUCAUUCCAAAUGGGAUGGAGAGUGACAAAAAUCAGUCGUGUCAAGUCAAUGAUACCGGAAACUACGCCGAUAACUCUGUCAGAGAAAUUCCGUUCUUGCGUGCGAGUGUUGUUGGAAAUUCUCGAGUGAGAAACGAGUUUGAAGUCCUACAGUGGCUUGGGAAAGGAGGAUUUGGGUCUGUUGUGAAGGUGAAAAAUAAACUCGACGGGUGUUUUUAUGCAAUCAAAAGAGUCCCGCUAAAUCCGAAAAGUGUUCAGUUUAAUCGAAAAAUAACAAGAGAAGUUAAGCUGUUGUCUCGACUGAAUCACGAAAAUAUUGUCAGAUACUACAAUUCGUGGAUCGAGGUGGAGGAAGCGCAGGAUGGCGAUAGUUCGAGCAGUGAGACAAAAUCUAGCGUUCCUGAAGCAAGACAAAAACCGUCUACAAUCGAGGAUAGUUUGAUGAAAAUGAAUGAUGUGGAAGCACCCAGUAUUCGAGCCAGCAUCGAGGAUGAUGGUUCUUGGCUGAGUGGAAACAUUGAACAGCCAGAAGAGAGCAGUUCCUCCAGUUCCAGUGAUGAAGAAGAAAUUCUUCUGAGAGAGUCGUCUGAGGAUAUUAUGUUUACAUGGAACACAAUGGAAGAGUCACUCAUACAAUUUCGCAGUUGUUCUCUCGCUGAUGUGGAAGAAGAAUCAGAUUUUGAAAGUGAGGAAGAGACAUCGCCGACUGAGUCAAGUCAAGAUUCAAAGCCUCAAUUACAAUGUCUGUACAUUCAGAUGGAGUUCUGUGAGAAGAGCACUCUGAGAAGUGUGAUUGAUGAGGGGCUGUAUAAAAAUCAACAAAGAAUUUGGCGAUUACUUCGCGAAAUAGUGGAAGGUUUAGUUCAUGUCCAUUCCCAGGGAAUGAUUCAUCGUGAUUUGAAACCUGUUAAUAUUUUCCUCGAUUCCAACGAUCGCGUGAAGAUUGGAGAUUUCGGCCUGGCGACCAUCCACCCGUUCACGGUUCCCGUGGCUGGUAGUACCAGUGGUACACAAGGCGUCACUAAUAAAGUUGAGACUGACAACGCACCAUCACAUGAGUCACUCACUGGUAAAGUUGGCACCGCAUUGUAUGUCAGUCCAGAGCUUGGAAACGCGUUCAGGAUGACAAGGUAUACUGCGAAAGUUGAUUUGUACAGCCUAGGGAUUAUAUUCUUUGAGAUGUGUUACAAGCCUUUGGAAACAACGAUGGAAAGAGUAAAGAUUCUUGGGGAUCUACGAACGGAGAAGAUUCUGCUGCCGAAGGAGUUUAAUGAGGAAGAACGCCUCAAGAAACAAGCUGUGAUCAUUCGCUGGCUUCUCCACCACAACCCAGACGAGCGACCCACCUCACAAGAGCUCUUAAAAAGCCAACACAUUCCACCCAACAUCGAAGAUAACGAACUGGAGGAAAUCCUUAACCACACUCUCGCCACCACAAACUCCACUCGCUAUCGCACGCUGAUCUCUUACGUAAUGAACCAGGAAAUCGCGCAGAAUAAACUAGACUUAACCUACGAUUAUGAGAUCAUCAAGGCACAGUUCAGUGGCAAACACGCUGUGGUUAAACAGCUGGUAAAUCACAAGCUGGAAGGUAUCUUCCUACAGCAUGGCUUUCACAUGCUAAACACCCCUUUACUCAUUCCAAAGAAUAAGGUUUAUAAGCAUUCUGAGACCUCGGUAGUCGUCAUGGAUCAUAGCGGUGCAAUCUUAACCCUUCCGUAUGACUUGAGAACUUCAUUCGCACGUUACCUUGCAAGGAAUAAUUUCCCGCCCGUCAAAAGGUAUUCCAUAAGCAACGUCUACCGAGAUGCACGAAUACUCGGCGUGCAUCCACGAGAGCAUUCCGAGUGUGUCAUCGACAUCGCCACGAGCUCCCCGUGCGAUCUUGUGCCGGAUGCUGAAAUACUGUACACAGUCGGGAAAAUUAUCAGCGAUUUUCCGUCGCUCGUUUCACGGAAUUACUAUGUACGAAUAAACCACGCAGUCUUGACAAGAUCCAUUCUGGCGAUGAAUGGAAUAUCGGAGGAUAAAAUUCUAGAAAUUAUUUCUCUUUUACAAGAAUCCAAGGGCGAAGUGGACCGCCUGCAACAGUUGAAGAGAUUCUUGCUAAGUUCAUCUUUUUCUGAGGAAGAUGUUUUAAACAUAUGCAGAUGGUUGCUGAUGGAGACUCCAUUGGAUAUAGCGAGAUCAUCACUCGGACACAUGGCUCGUGGCCCACGCACGGCCAGUCAUAAGAUAUCAAACGCUCUUCAAGAGUUGGAAAAAAUUGUGAAGCACGCCAAACGUCUGGGUUUGACACUCCAGGUUAAUCUGUAUCCCAGUCUUGUUUACAACAUCCAGUACAUGUCUGGAGCAUUGUUCCAGUUUGUCGCCGAGAAGAAGGGAAAGGCAAAAGCCUUCGAUAUUCUUGCCGCCGGAGGUCGCAACGACAAACUCAUAUCCAUAUUCUCAGGUGUUCGCGAGCUUCCCGCGGGAUAUGGCGCGGUGGGCGUCAGCAUCAACGUCGAACGAAUCAUCCAAUCGGCGAUGCAGGAACUCGAUGACGUCAUCCUCAAUACAUGUGACGUAAUGGUCUGCGCCGUCGGGGAAAACCCGAUGCUGAAGGAACGUAGUGACUUGGUGGUCGCCUUGAGAAAUCAACUAGGAAUCUCUGCAAGUAUUUCGUACGAGAUGCUUACCGAUGAGAUGUUAGAUUAUACGCAGGCUUACUGCAAAGAGUGUGGAAUACAGUAUAUGCUUAUUGUGGAGGAAAAAGCACCUACAAUAAUACGAAUUGUUGAAAAAGAUAAGGAAAUCAAGGGGAUCGAAGAUCCUGUUGAAUAUCUAAAGCUGAAAUAUCAGGAACCGACUGAAAACAGCGACCGUGACCCCCCGGUCCACAAAGCAGCGACAACCUCCAACGAGAGUAAUACCCAAGCACAGCCGAAGUUCAAUAUUGAUUUCGUGACGCAAGAGAAAUUGGAGAAAAACACUAAGAGAAGAUACGAAUCUCAUAUGAAAUCUAAAGUCACAAACAUGUUGCAGAGUUUUGGGGGUAAUAAAAACUCCUAUUGUAUCAUUGGGGUCGACCUGCCAGUAUCUGUUUUGAAAAGUAUAGCAGUGUCACUGGACCUCAGCGACAGCAAUAGCAAAAAUAAAUUCAACGCAAGUGUUAAGAUGAUUUGUGAACAGUUAAAGCAGAUCAAACACCGACGGCAUGUUCCAUAUGUAUGUGAUAAAAUUUUCGAGGAAAAAGAAAAUAUGAAAGUACCCAUAAUCUUCCUCUACAGUUGCCAUGAGGAGCAAUGUGUGAUGAUGCAAGUUUGAGAUCUGGGAGAUAUGGAUAAAGCCAGUAAUUCAGCCAAUAAACAGCCUUGCACUGUUUGCUGAAUGCAUCAUCUCAAUGCAAGACCACCACUGAAUGUUAAUCGUGAAUUUGUAAAUGUAUAAAUACUGUAAACUUUAGUAUUGCCAAUAGUCAAAUUUUUAGAGAGAUUGGUUUUUAUCGCCAACGAAUGACGACCACUCUUGAAUUCUCAGAUAAGAGAAUAAAAUCUAUAAUAAUCUCUAUGAAAAAUUGAAAAUAUACUGAAGAACUCCCCCCUAGCGUUAC